AUGCCAAAUGGCAUUAGCAAGCGCCAGCAGCUGCGCAAUGAGAAAACUCUCGCCGAGCUGAUCCGCACAAUUCCCGGCAAUGACCGUUGUGCCGACUGUGACGCCUUGACCCCAGGAUGGGCAAGCUGGAACAUGGGCAUUUUCCUUUGCAUGCGGUGCGCCGCACUCCACCGCAAGCUGGGCACGCACAUAUCCAAGGUCAAGUCCUUGUCGAUGGAUACCUGGUCGUCCGAACAGGUUGAUGUGAGUACACCCGCGGCCUCCGGCAAAGGGAACGGGCGACAGACUAACACGCCGGGCAUCAUACAGAACAUGAAAUCGCACGGAAACAACCUCAUGAACAAGAUCUACAACCCUAAAAAUAUCAAGCCCUCUACCCCGGUCGACGUCGACGAGGCAGACUCGUGCAUGGAACGCUUUAUUCGACAAAAAUAUCAGUAUCGGUCGUUGGAAGAUGGAAAGCCGAAGCCUCCGAGCCGCGAUGAUGAGAGUUAUAACAGGCCAUCCCGGUCCAGACGCGACAGAUCCCCCGUUAGAUCCCCAUCCAGAUCCCCAGAGGGAUCACCUCCGCCUCUGCCGCCCAAGACCGAAAACACCAAGACAGGAAGCAAGUUCUUCGGCUUCGGUCUGCGUGGAUCCGCUUCAACCUCGAACCUCCGCCGAUUCGGGACCAAGUCAUCUAAGGCCUCGCCAAACCCAGAUCUCGAGCGUUGGUCCCCGCCCUCUUCCUCGAGGGGUCCCGAGCGCGCCGAGCGUGGCCUCGGAGCACCGGUUGCCGAUGUAACGACUGAUUCAUUCGAAGCCAAGAUGGCCGCGCUGAGGGAGAUGGGAUUCACUAAUGACCGGCGGAACGAGAUGGUGCUUCGUGGGCUCAACGAGGACUUGAACCGGUCGGCGGAGACACUGUCAAGAUUGGGUGAAGGAAACGGCUCUGUUUCUGCACGCGCGAGAACUCCGGCUCCAACGAGCAACACUGCACCUGCACCUCUGCCAACUGCUCCGCGCGCCGUGACCCCGAACCCGCAAUCGCUAGGAUCCAACAAUCCAUUCGAAAGAUCCGUCUCGAACCCGGUUCCUCAACAACAGCCGCAGUCUACGACGACCUCGUAUAACCCAUUCGAUCAGCUCAAUCCGACACCAACCUCGGCACAGCCAUUGGAAGCCUCUUUCCAGAACUUGCAGGUGUCGCAGCCAUUGUUCCCUCACUCGACUGGCGGAUUUCCCAACCAAGCGCAACCCCAGGCGACAUAUCAACCAUCAUUCGCUCCUUCGGCCACCCUUGGCCAGAACCAGGGAGGUUAUGUUUCCUCGCCCCAGGCAAUGGACAGCAACUACAAUCCAUUCUUUCAGACUACACCCCAGCCGCAGGGCGGCGUGGCCAGUCAACAAUUUUCCAAUCCUGUUGUCGCACAGAACAAUCCAUUCUUUAAUGCCCCUCAAAACUAUGCGCAGCCCCAGCAGUCGGCAGCAGCCCCGACUCUCGCAGCACCGCGUCCGCCUCAGCACGCGAACACCAUGCCAGCCGUGUCUUCUUCUUCGCCCUUUGGAACCUCUCCAUUUGGAUCAACUCCUUUCCAGACACAGCAGCAACCGCAACAAAAUCAAAAUGUUUCGCAGGGCUCUUACAACCCGUUCCAACAGGCCAUGCCGACUCCUCAGAGCGCAGGGCCUUUUACGACUCAACCUCAAUUCCCACCUCAGCAAGUCCAGCAGCAGCAGCAACCGCAACAGCAGCAGCUGGUCCCCCAGACCACUGGCCAAAUGAACAAAAACGGUAUUCUUUCUCUGUACAACCUCGCCCCUUCGCCCGCUGUCCCUCAGAUCCCCAACCAAUUCCAACAACAACAACAACAACCUCAGGCCCAAUACCAGCCCCAGGCUCAACCGCAAGCCCAGCCUUUCAACGGCAUGGCAACUAGUCCCAUUCCACCACUCACCAACUCCCUCACUACCACCCCUCAAACCCAACCUGGCUCCGCAAUUCCUACCCCCCCCAACCCACUACAGCUGGUCCCAUGGCAUCUCGCAACCCCUUCGGCGCCGCAACAGUCGGCUCGGGCCUCGCAGCCCAAGCAGGCGUGA